GGACAAUAAUUGAAUUAUUUGACACAGUUCUUUAGACUAUUCAACUAGGAAAUGUGACAUUAUUUUAAAGGAGAGGUUGCUGAACUUUAUACAAAGACCAAGACUAUGAAGUAGAGACAAGGUACAAGGAUGUCAUUAACCAUGAAUGUGGCCAGAAAACCAGUGUCAUCUAAUCAGAGAGAGAGAGUUUGAGGUCAACUAACAAACAUGAGAACUGUUUUUCUUUUCUUCAACCUAUUAGCUUCUUGGGUAUUAGUAUUCUCUUCUCCUUUGAAUUUAGCAAGAGAUACUUUGAACUAUGGCCAGAAGUUAGUAGGCAAUGAAACAAUUGUUUCAGCUGGAAAAAUAUUUGAACUAGGCUUCUUUUCUCCAAACAUCGCAGAAGGUUCAAAAAGAUACUUAGGUAUAUGGUAUCACAUGCAAGAUGUGUCAGAAAAACAAAUAGUGGUUUGGGUUGCAAACAGAGACACUCCUGUAGAUGUUGAUUCCAUUGGAGUUUUCCAAAUAGCUGAUGAUGGGAAUCUUGUAGUUGUUAACACAUCUGGUAAUAAUAAACCCUACUGGUCAUCCACUUCAAAUUCUAAUUCUUCACCAAAAAACAGGACUGUGAAACUCAUGGAUUCUGGUAACCUUGUGUUACAAGAUGAUGAUGAACACAACAGAACGAAACUGUGGGAGAGCUUUGAAAAUCCAACUGACACAUUUCUUCCAGGCAUGAAUAUGUAUAAUAAUUUGAAGUUGAGCAGUUGGAGAAAUGAAAACGAUCCAGGAAGUGGAAAUUUCAGUUUUGAGAUGGAAAAUGACAAUAACCGUUUUAUCAUCCUAAACAGAACCCAAAUUUAUUGGGAGAGCGAAGAGUACAAGGCGUUGAAUUUCAAAUCAAAGUUUGAUUCUACUUAUGACGUCAGCGCAGAGGUUUUUAAUUUGUUAAGCAACUUUAGUUCUCUUAUACUGAGUAAACCAUUUCCUACAAAACACUACGACAAUACAAGAUUGUUCCUCAAUUCUAAAGGUGUGAUACUGUGGGUGGACAAUUUGAAACAAGGUGAGUUAUCGGUUAUGUGGAGGCAACCAAAAACCAAUUGUUCAAUUUAUAAUAUUUGUGGAAACUUUACAAGUUGUAACGACAAUGAUAGGAUGUGUAAUUGUUUACCUGGAUUCUACAAUGAUGACAUGGGAGACAAGGUAGGUUGUAAGAGGAGAAACUCAGCAUCGUGCAAUGGAACGGAUGACAUGACAUUCUUGAACUUGACUAUGGUUAAAGUAGGAAGCCCAAACAAAAAAUUCGCACUAAAUGAAACUGAUUGCAAGUCUUUAUGCCUUCAGAUGUGUCCACGGUGCCAGGCUUAUUCAUAUGCUCCUCCUCCUCAGCAACGUGGUCUUAAUCUUUCACCAUGUUGGAUCUGGACACAUAAUUUAACUACUCUUAAAGAAGACUAUAUUAAUUGGGAUAAUCGUACACUUUAUGUUCGAGUUCACAAAUCAGACAUAGCACCAACUCCAAGAAGUUGUGAGCCUUGCGGUACAAAGAUAGUCCCAUAUCCGUUAAGUACUGGAUCAAACUGUGGAGACAUCACAUACUUCAAUUUCAGAUGCAUCACCUCAACUGGACAACUUACCUUCUUCAACACCACUACCGCCAACAACACCGUUAGUUACAAAGUUAUUCGCGUAACGCCAAGUACAAGAAAAUUUACCAUUCAAAAUGAGGAUAAUUCUUUUAAUCCAUAUUGUGAAUCUAAACUCCAUCAAAAUCUUAUAGUUUCUUCACCGUUUCGCUUGACUAAUGACAAUCCUUGCUCCGAACAAGUAGAUAUUAGUUGGGAACCACCUUCUAAAGAACCCAAAUGUGCUAAUCCCGUUGACUGCAUUGGUUGGAAAUACUCUACUUGUAGCAAAGGAAACAAGUGUGUUUGCAAUCAAAACUAUUACUGGAGUGGCGAGAAUUUAACUUGUAACGAAAACCUUAGAUUCUCUCCUAAUACUCCAAAAAAGACAAUAAAAGGGAACUCCAAAAGUCGAUUCACUUUGAUUCUUUGCUUAACUCUUAUUGGCGUGGUAACUUUGAUCUGCAUCAUUAUUUUUAGUUAUGCAUGUAGACGGAGAAUAGCUCAUAUGGUUAGGCAAGAAAAGGAAAGCAUACAAAGAAAUAUGAGAGGGAGAUUUUAUGACAGUGAAAGACAUGUGAAGGACAUUAUAGACAUGGAAGGAUUGGAUGAGAAAGACAUUGAAGGAAUAGAAGUUCCCUAUUUUGAUUUUGAGAGCAUACUGAGGGCCACAAAUGACUUUUCAGAUGCAAACAAACUUGGAAGAGGUGGUUAUGGGCCAGUUUACAAGGGUAAGCUUGACGAUGGUCAAGAAGUUGCAGUAAAGAGACUUUCAAGUGUUUCAUCACAAGGCUUACAAGAAUUCAAGAAUGAAGUUGUUUUGAUAGCCAAACUUCAACAUCGUAACUUGGUUAGAUUACGAGGCUAUUGCGUGAAAGGAGAAGAAAAAAUUCUACUCUAUGAAUAUAUGCUCAACAAGAGUUUGGACUUAUUUAUAUUUGAUUCGACAAAAAGCGUAAUUUUGGAUUGGCAAAUGCGGUUUGACAUAAUUCUUGGAAUUGCUCGUGGACUACUUUAUCUUCAUCAAGACUCAAGAUUGAGAGUUAUUCAUCGAGAUUUGAAAACCAGCAACAUUCUUUUAGAUGGGGAGAUGCAACCAAAAAUUUCAGAUUUUGGAUUGGCAAGAAUAUUUGGAGGCAAGGAAAUAGAGGCAAACACAGAGAGGGUUGUUGGGACAUAUGGAUACAUGUCUCCUGAGUAUGCACUCGAUGGAAAUUUCUCAACAAAAUCAGAUAUUUUUAGUUUUGGAGUUGUCUUGCUCGAGAUCAUCAGUGGAAAAAAGAACACGGGAUUUUAUCGGUCUAAAGAAAUUUCAAGCCUUUUGGGUUAUGCCUGGAGUCUAUGGAAAGAGGACAAAUUGCAAGAAUUAAUGGACUUAUCUCUAUAUGAUACUUAUAAUGAAAAUCAGUUUAUUAAGUGUUCACAAAUUGGACUCUUAUGUGUACAAGAUGAGCCGGAUGAUCGACCAAACAUGUCAAAUGUGUUGACAAUGCUAGACAAUGAUACUAUAACCCUCCCAACCCCUAAACAACCAACCUUUUUUAUGCGUAAAGAUUUAUCAAGCACAGCUUCUUCAAGUAUGCAGUGUGACAGUAUCAUUCAAGAAGGUCGAUAGAAGAUCAUAAUGACACCAAA